UCUAUUUCUACUCUCUUGUGAACUCUAAAUGCCAUAACUCCUUAUUGAAUUGGCAUGCCAUGUGUUGGCUUAACAAUAACAGCAUUGGAGUUGACAUGCGCACAAACCAAUUUGGGACCAGGGUAUGUUUGGUGUGAAACAUUUUCAUUAAACCUUUUAGAUGGGUGCUGAUGUAGGAGAGAAUAAAGUUAUUUUUAUACUAUUGGGAUGCACACAUAGAAAGUCUCUUCGUCUCCCAAGACCAUCGAGGUUACCAUCGGUAGCCUAAUUCGCUCUAAACAGGAAUUUAAACCGCUCAGACUUCCCGGUACUUGGUUUGGGCGUUUUAGCACAACCCCGUGACUGUUUCUCUCCCAAAUCACUGGGUGAUUUCUGUUCAUCCAUCCACCUCCUUCUUGCCCUAUACGUUGACUUUCAACAAACGAGCGAGCGUGCUGGAGUGACGCGGAUAGAGCCCGCGGGCGGUGGCGUGCACUGUUGAACCCAACCUGCUGAUUUAAAAGAAACAGGGAGAGCAAAUACUGCGCACCUACGCCGCGGAGAUAAGACUAACUGUGGCGAGGAUGGCGUCACGUAGCCUGGGGCUGCAUGUAGCUCGCAAACAGGACGCUGCCAGAAUCCGAGCUGUGGAGAGGAGGAAUCUACUGACUGUCUGCAGGUUUUCAGUGAAGACGUUGCUUGACCGCUCCUGUUUAGACACGAUAGACGACUCCUCUCCGGAGUUCACCAACUUCGUCUCCAUCCUGGAACAGAUCCUCAGUCACAAACUCAAAGGUCAGACUACGUGGUUUGGUUAUGAGACUCAUCGUAGUUUCUGGGAUUAUGUGAAAGCAGCCUGCAGUAAAGUCUCUCCCAACUGCAUCCACAGCAUUGAGAGCAUGGAGAAUGUCCGCUCUUCCAGAGCUAAGGGUCGGGCGUGGAUCAGGCUGGUGCUGAUGGAGAAGAGGCUGUCUGAGUACAUCUCCGCCGCCCUGAGGGACUUCAAAACCACCAGGAGAUGGUAUGAGGAUGGGGCCAUCAUGCUAGGUGAGGAGGCGGGGCUGCUAGCAGAUACACUCAUCGGUCUCAACACCAUUGACUUCAGCUUCUGUCUGAAAGGGGAGGGGCUGAAUGGAAGCUGCCCAGCGGUGAUUGACUAUACGCCUUAUCUGAAGUCGUUUCAGAGAGAGAACAGCAUCAGCAGUGAUGAGGAGGAGUUGAGGACCCUGGGGAGCAGCGGCAGCGAGAACACCACCCCUGAAAAGAUGGCCGCCAGCACUGCGGAGGCCAUCUUAACCGAGCAGAGCAGCUGGGUCUGCAGGUGUAAACGACUCGAGCAGAAAUACCGCAUGGCACUGGAACAGAAGUGUUAUCUGGAAGAGAUGGUUCGUCUGAGAGAGGCCCAGCUGUCUCAAGUGAUUCCUCAGAACAAAGCUCUUCAGCAGAGACUAACAGACACACACCUCUCACACACACUGGAGAAGGAACAACUAGAAUACAUCGUACUGGAGCUCCAGGACCAACUGACAGUGCUGAAGAACCAUAACUUGAGGUCCAGACAAGAACUGACCGCACAUCUGACCAAUCAGUGGCCUUCACCCGGUGCCAUGGAUACCAAUGCUGUUGCCUUGGAUACCAUGAUGUACAGGAAUAGGGUGGGGCAGUGGGAGGAGAAGAAUUUCCAGAGUCUAGAGCAGCUGUCCCAAACCUCUCUGGAGCCCUCACACACACUCAACCUGGACACUAGACCAGCCAGCUCACACUGGCACCACCAUGGGAAGGAGGACACCCCCUCUCUGAUAGGUCUGUGUGGGUCUCUGCUGUCAGUAACCAGCAAUAAGUCACUGGCCAGCCUGAAGUCCAGUGAGUGUCUAGCCAGCCCCACCACAGAGAUGACCAGUCCUGACCUCACCCCGUCCUAGAACCAGAGACCAAGCACAUGGUUUGGAGAAAGAGAGCCAGAUUUGGACCCUGGAAUUGGAACUCAGCCUUUUUGAAUUGAAGAAGGAACUCAUGGCUCAAAACAUGGGAGCCACAGUCAAUCAUUUGGAAUUUACAACCCGGACUGACCCUGGAACCAGCUCUUCAGUAGUCAGUCCUUCAAUGUAAGCGCAGAGCCGUUGGAAAAACCAGGACUGUAUUGACCAGGACCGACCUCAUGUUUAUUUAUUUGUUUGUUGUAUAUCUGCACUGAUGGGAAAACAACUACAUAGUUGAAAGCCAGUUCUGGGUAGGUGUACUGUAGGUAUACUGUUGUCACCUAUAUUAUGUGUUCAGAUCACUGCAGACCAAGGAGAACGCCACUUGACACUAUUGGGAUGCAGACCUUUUGUGUCACUUAAAGGACUCCUCAUGAUGUAAACAUGCUCAGCAUCCCAGAGAUUGACAACUUAAGGAAUUGCUUUCUUUAGGAUUUAUUUGGGGAUGGGUAAGGAGUGUUAGGGUUUGUUUCUCAAGUGUUAAAGCCUGUAGACUAGUGGUUCUGUUCAUGCCUCAUCAACUUGCAGGUGUUGUCCUGUUACCCUGGCAACUUAAGUGAGCUCUACUAUAGAUGGCCAUGGUGGGUCAGUCUCAGCGGCCAAAAAAAUACACCUCAAAGAACGGACAUAUUUAGGUAUUGUAUUCCUGCCAGAGGACUGGACUAUCCUCAUUAUUUAUAAGUCUUUAAUGUAAUCAUGCUUCCAUGUUGGAAGGGCCUUGAAAUAUCUAGAGGAGAACAGUGUUGCUUUUAUGUCUUCUGUUUCUACAGUCAAUCCUCUGGUACCUGACUUGUAGCCAUAAUCAUAUUAUUGAAUGUAUCUUUAUAAACUAUCAAAAUAAAGUCUCACUCCAUAUAUAAACUCCCAGUAAUUUAUUGGAAGAAGUCAGUGUCGAAACGUUAGUAAAUACCCAAUAAAUUACUGGAGGUUUAAAUAUGGAGUGUGACUUUAUUUUAGUUUAUUUGUCAUUAGUCAGCACCUCCACAAACACACUUUUCUGGGUGUGCACCAGUGAAUGCUUUAUUUGUUUUUUUAAUUGAAUGUAUCUCAUCCACAAUCCGUUUUGGAUUUAACCACACAGUAUUAUGUUAUCUUUAUGCAUUAUAAAGGGUUUGUGUUCUCAGGAGAUGUUUCCUGUCCAACAGGGUUAGUUUGGUUAGGUUGAACAUGAUAUUCUGUAUUGGGGUUGCAUGUUCUGUCUGACUGCUUCGAGAUUUAUUUUGAUCAGAGGCAUGUGGGGAAAGUGUUCAGGGUGUGUUCUGUCUCUCUCUCACACACACACACACACACACACACACACACACACAGUUAAUUGUAUUGUGAUAUUGCACAUUGAUUUUAUUACUAUUUAUUUUCUCCUGUUUUGAAUAAACUACUGUACUAAACAUUUA